AUGGCUUCGCCCCCGGCUCCUCCGGCUCCUCCGGCUCCCUCGACUCCUUACCGUCCUUGGGAAGACGCAUCUCCUGCGGCACCCCCGACGAGCUUCCAUAAUGGUCGGCCUUCGUUGCCAUUGCCAGCGCCUUUGGUUAUGACCGAACGGAUGCCGUCCAUUUCAAGUUCGGCGCUCUCUCCACAUAAUCCCCGGAAAAGACGGCGGCUUUCGAACGAUUAUAUGGAUCAACCAUACCAUGGCCUAGGGUUGCCAUCUUUGGGUUCGCCGUCUGAAGUUCAUCCCGAUUUUAGAGGUGGUGAGGAUGGUGGGGGAAGGAGCAUAUACCGGCGGGGAGAGGGCGACAUGGUGCUAAGCAGCGCUUACAUCAAGCCAAACCACAACUCCAACCAUUUCACGCAACCUCUACCCGCUCUGCCGCUGCACAAACAUCAACCACUGCAACAAGCUCCAUCUUCGUCAUCAAUCUCACCUCGAUUUACAGGAUCUCGUCCGGCUACACCUCCUCAACAGCAGCAUCGCAAUCACCAGUCUCCCUCCAACCAAUCACCCACAGCUCUUGCUAAUAUAGUCUCGACAAUACAUAACCUGGCCAUUGACUUGGCUGCAAGCUCAUCUGUCUCGUCAAGCUCCAAUAUUCCAUCUCCAAUAGCCCACUAUCAGCUUCCGUCAAUAGAAGCUCUAGCAACAUGUUUGGAGACCAUAUAUUCACUGCUCAAACGGUUAAAACCACCCCUUGCUCAACAGCAACAGCAGCAGCAACAGCAGCAGCAACAGAUUAAUGGCGGUCCGGUAUCUAAUGAGCAACAAGCUUUCUAUACUUCAAAUCUUUCAAAUCUUCAGCGUGCUUUAUCGACACUACAGAUAGCUCACAACACUCUCGAAACCGAGCAUAAUAAUCUUUUAUCUGCGUUCACUCGUACACAAACACGCACAUCGGCAUUGGACCGCAAAUUGAACGUAUGCACGGAAGAGACUGAAUUAUUGGCAAAUGAGCGUGAACGGCUUAUGGGUGUCAUCGAGGGUCUUGAGGAGACCCUUACAGAGGUACGGGCCGAGCGUGAUGAAAUGAGGCUUGAAAUGCGUAAGAGCGGGGCACAAUGGGGCACAAUUGUACAAAAUGCAGGGAAGCUCGAGAAAGGCGCAUGUAAAGUGGAGAAAGCUUUGAGAAACGAAAUUGAAGGAUUGAAGAAUGACGUGGAGAGACUGCGAGCCGCGGUUGCUGAUGGCGGGGGAGGAUGCUGUGCUGCGGUUGGGGAGGCAGGUGAAAGAGAAAGAAUUGAUUUAAAGAACAGGGUCAGAGAAUUGGAAAGCCGACUAGAAGAAACGAAAAAGGAAGGAAGCAAAGUUUUCGAAUAUGCGGAAUUAAUUUCUAAGCUGGGAAAGGGGAUAGCAGACUCCCGAUGA